CAGAUAUUAGCUUCAUUCCGGCAGCAGCUCCGUGAAGCGAGGCAUGGGCUGCAGCGUGUGUCUCUGGCUGGUCGUCUCCUUCUGCCGUGUCUGGGGUACAUAACGCCUUCCUACCUGCAAAAUACGUGGUUCGGAUGGUUUGGGGAUCGUCAGGCAUGGGCCGCGGGACGAGGGAGACUGUGCUGGGCACGCUGGGGAAGGCGACGGUCCUGUGGAUCCCCCAGGAGUUCCAGAACCUCACCCAGAGCUUUGGGGUGGCCACGUGGAAGCGGGACACAUCGGACCCGCAAAGCAAGGAAGUCCUGCUCAAGUACAUGAAUGGAAACUACACCAACUACGCUCCGAGCCAGAACCACUUCCACUCCUCCAACUUCUCGCUGGAGAUCCUCAGCACCCAGCGGCAGGACCAGAGGCUCUACGAGUACAUCAUCAGCAAGGACGCGAAGGAGAAGGUCUGGCAGAUACAGCUGGAAGUGUAUGAGCCGGUGUCCGAUCCCGACAUCCAGGUCCUCAGCUGGGCUCUGGCCAACGACAGCUGCACCGUCACCCUCAACUGCACGGCGGCCAGAGGGGACAACGUGUCCUACAGCUGGACCGGCCUGGAGGCCAGCUCCUCGUCGCCCUGCGCCCACAACGGCAGCCUCCUGCACCUCUCCUACCACCUCAACGCCACCAGCCUGGCCUGCGCCUGCACCGCCAGCAACCCCGUCAGCAGCAGCACCGUCACCUUCAACUCCUCCGCCUGCAGCUUCGAGCAGUGGGGGAGUGCCAGUCCGGGGCUGAACCUGGUGCUGGUGGUGGUGCCCAUAGUGGUCGCGCUGGUCCUCUUCGGGGUCUUCACUGCCUUACACGUGGGCCGGCUGCGGAAGCACACGCCGCUCCCCGAGGACAACGAGGUGCGCACCAUCUACUCCCAAGUGCAGCGGGUGGAGAAGCAGAAAAUCCCCUGCAGCCCCCCCGGCACGGAGCACCCCUCCUGCACCACCAUCUACGCCGCAGCCACCGGUUUGCCCCCGGACACAGCCCAGGCCCCCGGCCGGAUCCAGCACAGCCCCCGGGCAGAGCCGCCCACCCCACGGGGCUGCUCGCCCCUCUCGCAGAGCCCCGACGCGGAGCCCAUGACGGUUUACGCCAGCGUGACGCUGCCCAAGAUCUGAGCCCCCCUGCGUGGCAGCAGCCUGGCCCCGAGACCCCCGGCAUCCACACCCCGCGACCAGCACCCACAUCCUGGGCUGGGGGGAUCCCGCUCAGCCCUGCCAAAUAGGGCAGGACCCUCCAGCACCCAAAAAAGCUGCUCCCGGCCCUGAAAAAUCUGGCGUCGAGGAACAGCAGAGCCCAGCGCAGGACUGGAGCGUGGAAAGGAAUCGCUGUGGGCUGGGGGUGAGGGACAGCGAUGAGAUGCUGAGCACCGGGUGAGGAGCUGGAUGCGACCCCACAGCCCGCAGCCCCCCGGGGACGAGGCAGGACGUGGCCAGGGGAGGCUGUGGGACCCCACGGCUGCAGCCCACGGCCCCGGCUUCGCUAGAGGGAGCCCACGGCCGGCGACACAGGGGAAAAAAAAAAAAAAAAGACAAAUCAUCAAAAGAAAAAAAACAAAUUGCAAGCAGGGUUUCAAUCUCUGCUCCGUGGCAGCUUGCACAAGGCACGGGGUUGGGUCUGACUGCUGCAGAAAUUUGGGUUGCACAACGCUGGGCAGGGCACCCGGCGCUGCUCGCCCACGGCCACUUCCAAGAGCUGGACUUCUGGCUGAGCCAGCAUUCAGCAGCGGGGUGCUGGAGGUGGCCGGGAGCCCCCCCCAAGGACCACCAACAGUCCCAGCCCGAGCUGAUCUCGAGCCCAGCAGCCCGUCGGAUCUCAUGUGCAGCUGCAGGGAAAAAAAAAAAAAGUUCCAGUUCCUUUCAGAAAGGUUUGGGGGAGGCACGCGCCAGGCUGCAGCUGGAUCAGGUGCUGGCAGCGAGAAGAUGAUUUGGUGUUUUGCACGUCCCGAGCUUCCUCCUUGUCUUACAUCAGCCGAUCAGCUGAGCUGCUUCCUUGGAAAAGACUGCUCGCAAAGCUGUCACUCCCACCAGGAAUUUAGGUCCAGAGAAGGGCAAAGUUAAUCUUCACUUUGCGCCCCUAAAAUGGUGCCAGAUCCCCGAUUUCUGUGCGUGGCAGGGUGCAGCCCGCUGCUCUCUCGUUCAUCCUUGCAGAAAUACAGCUCUGACCCUGCGACGUGCAACCACUGCCCACCUGUGGAGCGCGAGGGGACUCAAAAUGCUCAGAAUGGUGAAAAAAAAAAAAAAAAGGUGAUGAAGGUGAUGUUGCCCCAGAACCCAGGCAGUGUAACUGCAGGGGGGGCGGUGCUGGUGCUGCAGACCCACGUGGCUGCUGGUGACAGUGGGAUGACCCCAGGGGGCUGUGGGUGGCUUUUCCUGUUGGGUUGUUUUUAACAGAUUGCUCAUGAUUUUCUUACUCUGGUACUGAGCAACAAUGCUGGUCCAAGAGCACUUCAGCAGUACUGCAGUUCAGGGACUAAUUACCCUGCAGGACUGAUUUAUCUCAUUACCCUGCUCUUGCCUCCUCUCCCAGCCUCCCGCAGCACCGCAUCGGGGCAGGAUUGUGGCAGCCCCUGCGAGCAGCUGAAACCCCUUCCCUUGCCAAGGUGGAGGAACCAGCACUAUUUUAAAGCCAGACAUCGCCAGCUCACUUCCUUCGCCCGAAUUUCAGUAUGACACCAGGGUCAUGCUGCACCCUGGAAGUCCUGGUGGCGGACGUGUUCCUUGGACAGUUUUUGGGGGUGGAGAGUUUGGAUCUCGUCGUCCCUUACAAAGGAUGAUGUGGGUCCAUCAGUGCCGACCCGCGAUGCCCCCUGCUCCCUCGGGGCUGGUUUCUGGGACACUUGUCACCACCAUGCACUUUGUCACGCUGCCACACUGCCUGGAAAUUGUGUUUCUCUGUUUUGGUUUCCAUUGUGCAUAUUCCGUGGGAUUUUCUUGCACCUUACUCCUCCUCGUGACGGGCUGGACACUGCUGUGUGGUGUCAGGCAGUGGGAUCCCCUUGGCUGGCUGCAGGGAGCCCACCCAGCUGCUCUCUCACACCCUUUCCUCAACAGAACGGGGGCAGAAAAUACUUGGAAAAUUAUCCUGGGCUGAGACAAGGACAGGGGGGCACUCACCAGUCACUGUCGUGGGCAAAACAGACUCGACUGGGGGAAAAUUAAUUUAUUACCACUUGGUAACAGAGUAGGAUAGUGAGGAACAAUUAAAUAAAAAAAAAAUCCCUCA